AAACUCUUUAUUUUCUAAUUUAUUCUAGCAGAGUUCCUGUUAGCUUUGGUCCAGCAGGGGGCAGUAUAACCUCUCCUUUAGGGGCUGAAUGAAGGAGUUUUUGGCAGAAAGAAGCAGCAGUUCCUGUUUUACAGCAUCUUCUCAGUCAGACCUCAUAGUUCAGAUGAUGAAUCAGAUUAAAAUCCGUCGCUUUAAGGAAGAAUUUUCCAGAAGACGGUGACACACUUCCCCCCCCCAGGCCUCCCUCUAAGCCUCUUACUGUAAUUCAGCUCCUGCUGAGGCGGCAGGACCGCUUCCCUUCAUCCUUCCAGCUCCUCACAGCCUCCUCGGCGGCUUCCGGAGCUCCGGGUCCCGGUCCGUGCCUCCAGGAUGCUGGGCGGAGACGUGGUGGCGGCGUGGGAGGUGGCUCUGAGUGACGGCGUCUACAGGAUCGAGUUCGCUCACGGUACCACCACCGGGAAACGGGUGGUUUACGUCAACGGGACGGAGGUGAUCAGGAAGGACUGGAUGUUCAAGCUGGUUGGGAAGGAGACCUUCACUGUCGGCAGCGCCAACACCAAGGCCGCCAUUAACAUCGAGGCCGUCAGCGGCUUCGCCUACGAAUACUCUCUGAACGUCGACGGCAAGAGUCUGCAGACGUUCAUCGACAACAGAGCCAAGACCACCAAGACCUGGGUGGUCCAGGUGGACGGGACGGACUACAGGGUGGUUCUGGAGAAGGACACCAUGGAUGUCUGGUGCAACGGGCAGAAAAUGGAAACAACGGGGGAGUUUGUGGACGACGGCACAGAGACCCGUUUCUCUGUGGGAGACCAUGAGUGCUGCAUCAAGGCCGCCAGCAGCGGGAAGAAGAAGAACGGGAUCAUCCACUUCCUGCUGCUGGAUGGGGAGAAGGUUCCUGCUUCGUCGCCGUAGAGACGGACCAAGAGGUCCAGAUUCAGAGACUCCAGGAUGGACCUCAUGGUCAUCGACUCUUUAUUUAGGGUUUAUUCUAACGGAUGAUUUUCAUUCAUGUUGGCAGAAGAAAUAAAUCCUGAACUGAGCAGAUCCUGCUGAUUUUAUUUUGAAAGGCAGAGGUCAUCUUUGCAGCGACAGCUGGUCAGCACAGACAUUAUGCCUCAUUGGACGCUGGCCGGCAUGCCUAGACGGCGGCCAUCUUGGAUCAGACCAGCUGCUGACAGGAUGAACAGGAGGCGCCUUGGAUCUCAUCUUAAUCACAGGAAACUCACCUACAUGUCAGAAUCACUUAAAGACCAAAACACCUAAAAUAUAAAAAUAUAUCUUUAACUGAUUAAAGAACAAAUGUUUACAGAUCAAUAAAUAAUAAAAAACAAAAAACAAUUAGUUUGAAAAAGAGUUUUGGAAAGUUUAUUAGUUUAGUUUAG